AUGAAUGCAUUUUUUGACGGAUAUGUUCAUGCGAAGACAAACUUGAAAGAGUUUGUCGACCAAUUUGACAAUGCCUUGAGAAAGAAAAUGGAGAAUGAAAUCAGCUCAGACUUCCAAUAUUUUAGCGUUACAAUUCCAUGCAUAUCUAGACCUCCAAUCGAAAAGAGAUUCCAACAAUUGUACACGAAUGCAAAAUUCAGAGAAGUGCAGGAGCAAGUUAUGGGUCUAGUCGAUAUGGACCCAUCUCUACUUAGACGAGAUGGUGUGAAGAAGACCUAUCUGGUAGAAGAUGAAGUGCUAGUUGAGGAGUUCACUAAACAUGUUAACUUUUAUGUGGACUUCAAUGAGGAAGACUGCGAUGUUAAGUGUUCAUGUGGGUUAUUCGAGAUGAGGGGGAUACUAUGUAGGAAUAUCUUGGCCAUAUUCAAAUGUAACGGGAUAAAAACUAUGCAAGAUAGAUACAUUUUGAAUCGAUGGAGAAAGGACAUCAAACGGAGAUACACGUUAAUCAGCAGUACAUAUGACACAGGGUCUCAGGAGGAAGAUAGUAACAAAUAUUCAAGCCUAUUGAAUAUCUGUUAUCUGAUGAUUACACAUGCAGCGGGUUCCAAAGUGCAUAUUGAGGAUGCAACAGCAAAGUUGUAUUCUAUAAUUGAGUUAUAUGGUGACACCCAAUAA